UUUUUUUAUAAAUUUCCUUUUAAGGAGGAGGAAAAGUAUGCUUUUGAGGCAGAGUAUUUAAUGAAAAGAUAGAAAAAAUUAGAACACUUUAAAACCUUAGCAGCCUUGAGGGGAAAGAGACACAUCAAGAGAAAAAAGAGAAAACAUAGCAACAGGUUGUGUUGGAACUCCUGCAAUUAAGAUGAAGGAGGGGGGUUUAUUUCAUGUAAUUAAUUAAAGAACAUCAACAUAUUCAUUCACUUUUAUCUCUGCUAUGUAGAUAAAUUAAGAAUGAUUUUGUAAUGUAAGAAGCAUUAAAUGAAAAUCCCAAAUUUGUAAAUAUAAUCAACUUAGCUAUAAGCUCCUUGAGGAUAGUUAUUUUUACCAAUAAGAAAACAAAGACUUAUUGAAGGCUACAUGGAAAGUUCCUGACACAGCUUCUGGCUCUUGGAUACUCUUUUGGUGGGUUCUUUGGCCUCUUUCCUGCUGUAUAUCCUUUUAUUGCCAGCAACAUACAACACAGCCCUUUCCUUUCAGAUCAAAGUAAAUGCUGGUAGGUUGAUAGGAGAAGUGAAAUUGUUUUUGGUGACAAAUCGUUUUAGCAGUUUAACUUAUAAUUGUAGCAUUAAAAAUUAUGCCCAUGAAAUGCCCAUUUGAGUCUUCUGUUUUCAUGGUGUAGUCCAGCAGUCUCAGGAUUAAUUUAUCCUGAGAUUUUCCAUCCAGGUCCUGCUGAUCACUGAGCAGCCAGUCUGAUCACUACCUUGCUGAUUCAUUUCAUUCACUGAUUGCCAAAAUUGCCAGAUGUGUCUUAGUAAUCUGACUCUCUUCUUCACCAAAUCAAAUCUACCAAAUUGGCAGCAGUUCAUUCAAUGUGUUGGUGAUCAGAGAUACUGAUGGUACCAUGUGGAGGAGAUGUUAACCUAUACUUAGAAAUUUCCUUGAAACCAUGAUAGACUUUCUCCCAUAAAAGUUAAAUGCUGCUGUAGGAUAAAUCAAUAAAUAAAACCUCUGACACAUUAUAUUUUCCUUUUUUUUUUCCUUAUCUAGACCAUUUAACUGAGGCCAUAAGACUCAGAGAAACAUUAUAGAAUGAGAAGCUGCAGGUCAACUCAUCAUCCUUUCCAAAAUAUGUUAAUAAGUAGUACCUGGAAAAAAAAAAAAAAGUGGGGAUGAUUUGUAAGCAAAUAAGUUUGUGUUACAUCAGGUUGAACAAAUCCAAACUGGUCCCUGGAAUGGGGGAGAUGAACACAUAUUCCAAAAUUACCUAACUGUAGAACUCUUUCUCUUUAAUAUCUGAAGGAGCUUCAUCUAGCCUCCCAAUUUUGCUGUUAAUAGUGUCCCCAAAAGGUUAAGAAACUGAUCCAGAGUUAAAUAUUAUCUUCAAUUUUUUUCCACGGUCCCUGCCACCCCCAUAUUGCUUUCCCUAAUUGCCUAUAGAACUUAUCCCCAUCACUCCUAAGUAACUCACAUGUUCCUUCUAAUGGACCAGCUUACCAGUGAUGUGAUGCCUAAGAACAGAAGUGAAAACUGUUCACUUAGAAAAGAUGUACUUCUAGAGAGUUAAAGGUUUCUUCUUAUGCUCUGAUUUUAAUAGCUUUUAUUUAUUGGGCACGUAGAAUAUGUCAGGCUCUUUAUAUGUAUUAUGUUAUUUGAUCCUCAUAAAAACCUGCAAAAUAGAUAAUAUUAUGUCUGUUUUCCUGUUAAGGAGAUUGUGAGCUUUUUGAAGAUCAUACAUUCAGUAUGUUGGAAGAGUUAGGAUUUAAAACAAGGUCAGUCUGACUACAAAGUCUUUCUUCUUAUCAAGCGCAAAGAUAUGAUCACAGCUGCUUUAGAAGCAUUGUUGUGGACAACAUACUUACUUUUUAAAACAGUUAUUGGCCCAUAAUUGAGUUAUGGCAUAGUAUAGAGAGAAUUACAUAAUUUCAGGUAGACAAAUUUGUAAGAAAUAUACUCGGGAAAAAUAAAAACAUAUUAAAAGGAUAGCCAGUAAUCUGACCUAAAUUUAUUUUGGGAAUGAGGUAAGGAAUAUAUAUAAUAUACAUUAGUGCAUACAUAGAUAGUUUUGGGGGCAGUAAAAGGACAGGAACAUAACUGGAAGAUAAUCUGAGCAUGUAAUUGUGACACUUUCUUAUCUGCAUUGUUUUUGCUGGAUAAUGGUGUUUUUUAUAUGAAUUUUGGGUUCAUGUUCCUGAAUGAAUGAAUGGAUGGAGUUUCUCCCUAAACACUUGGUGAUUUCAUUACUUGAAUGCCUUCGGUGUGAGUGAGCAUUGUUUAGAGUUAUCUUAAAGUCAGAUGACUUUCUGCAGUCUUUUCUCUUGUUUAAUAAACUUAUACAGGUUUUCUUAAAAUAGUUAUUUGGGCCAGUCGUCUCAGGAUUUUUUAAAAUCCUUUUCUUGAUGUCUGUUUCUUUUAUUUCCUUCCCCACUCUGUCCCCCCAGCUCACCUUCUCAACCCUCCCUUCCUCCCUCCCUCCCUUCUUUCCUUCCUUCCCUUGCACUAAGAAAUUGACGUGGCAUCUGCCUCAAGUUGAUUAUGGGUCCAAACUUCUGGAGUCAAGAUAACAAUGAGACACUAUAAAGCUAAAUUCUUAGAGGAGUUCAACUCACUUUGCAUAACACUACCUUGAAAAUAAUGGAUAAUUAAACUGAUUUGGGCAACAUUCUCCCCGAAAAUAGGUUUCAGGUAGUUAGUCCUUGAUUAGGGGUAACCUGAAAUUCUCUGGAUAAACAAACUAGACCAGAGUAGAAUACAUAAUAAGUACAUAAAACCCAGGAAAAAUUUAUAAGACUGGAAACCUGUGUUCUGUCAGAUUGAAGACAAUGCAUUCACAUCUUCUUAUCCCAAAAUCUCCCUGAAAUUGUAGUAAAGGGUCAAAAAUCUACAAAAAAGAUAAAACGAGAAUGAGAGCAAGAGAGACCAAGCCAAGGAGGAGAUGCUGCCAAGUAGGAGAUGUCAGCACAUUUGGGGAAAAUGGCACCUUGAUGGAGGAGGAGGAGCUGAGCUAGCCUGGGAAAAGCCUGCAAAUUCAUUCUGGAGGACCCUGGGGAGACUUGGAAGGGUGUGAACAUUAGUCCUCUCCCUGCAUCACAUCAUCCCUAACAGUUCUCCAUCCAUGCUGCAUGCUUGAGGCACAGUUUCCAGCUAAAGUGACUCAGAGCUGCUCUGGACUCAAGGAAAUGCAGCCCAGACUAGAGAGGUAAAGCCAGGGGAACUAAACUCCACAGCGAACAAGUUCAACCCUCCUGGACUAUUUCAUAGCAGAGCUCCAGAGCAGCUAGUGCUGGGGACCAGCUCUUUAGAUAAGAGUUUAAAGGAUGCUCAUCUAGAGAAACUGAACAACUCAAAGAAAUGACCUGACUGGUGUUUGGAAUUCCUAUCAAAAUGGCUGGAUUCCCUACCCAGUUAUCCCACAAGGAUGCUUGCCAGGAAGCUACUAGAGAAUGUGCUCUACAAAAAUGAGGAUGUAAACCAAGAAAGAGGAAGCCAUGGGAUCCAGGAAACGGGGGACCCAACACAGGCGAGAGGCGCAGGGAUUUCGCAAGAUGGUGUUAAAAAGAAGCCCCAGGACAACAGAAUCCGAUGACCUCCGUGGGGACCCUGCACUCAGCCAUCAGAGCGCUCCUGCUGCCCAGGAUGGUCCUACUUCAGUAGUAGAUGCUGGUGGCCUUGAAAGCAUCACCCGGUGUCCCCAGCAGCUUCCUCAGAUGAUGGCUGCAGCAGCCGAUGGUUUGGGGAGUAUAGCGAUAGACACCACGCAGCUCAACAUGUCCGUGACAGAUCCCACAGCCUGGGCCACCGCCAUGAAUAACCUGGGUAUGGUUCCCGUGGGGCUGCCUGGACAGCAGCUCGUGUCCGACUCAAUCUGUGUCCCCGGCUUUGAUCCAGGCCUCAACAUGAUGACUGGAAUUACGCCCAUUAACCCAAUGAUUCCAGGCCUGGGGCUGGUACCACCCCCACCACCGACAGAAGUGGCUGUCGUCAAAGAAAUAAUCCACUGCAAAAGUUGUACUCUUUUCCCUCAAAAUCCAAAUCUUCCGCCUCCUUCCACAAGAGAACGACCUCCUGGGUGUAAGACCGUGUUUGUCGGAGGAUUACCAGAAAACGCUACUGAGGAAAUUAUUCAAGAAGUCUUUGAGCAGUGUGGUGAUAUUACAGCCAUUCGGAAAAGCAAGAAGAAUUUUUGUCACAUUCGCUUUGCGGAGGAAUUCAUGGUUGAUAAAGCCAUUUACCUUUCCGGUUACCGGAUGCGAUUAGGGUCCAGCACGGACAAAAAGGACUCGGGCCGCCUGCAUGUGGACUUCGCCCAGGCCAGGGACGACUUCUACGAGUGGGAAUGCAAGCAGCGGAUGCGCGCGCGCGAGGAGCGGCACCGGCGCAAGCUGGAGGAGGACCGGCUGCGGCCGCCCUCGCCGCCGGCCAUCAUGCACUACUCCGAGCACGAGGCCGCGCUGCUGGCCGACAAGCUGAAAGAUGAUAGCAAGUUUUCAGAAGCUAUCACAGUGCUCCUUUCCUGGAUUGAACGUGGGGAGGUGAAUCGGCGUUCUGCAAACCAGUUCUAUUCCAUGGUGCAGUCAGCCAAUAGCCACGUCCGCCGGCUGAUGAAUGAAAAAGCCACCCAUGAACAGGAGAUGGAAGAGGCCAAGGAGAACUUUAAAAACGCCUUAACCGGAAUCCUCACCCAAUUUGAGCAGAUUGUGGCCGUUUUCAACGCUUCUACCAGACAAAAAGCUUGGGACCAUUUCUCGAAAGCUCAGCGCAAGAACAUAGACAUUUGGCGAAAGCACUCUGAGGAGCUCCGGAACGCUCAAAGUGAGCAGCUCAUGGGCAUCCGCCGUGAAGAAGAGAUGGAAAUGUCAGAUGAUGAGAACUGUGAUAGUCCUACUAAAAAAAUGCGAGUCGAUGAAUCAGCCCUGGCCGCUCAGGCCUACGCCCUCAAGGAGGAGAACGACAGUCUCCGUUGGCAGCUGGAUGCCUACAGGAACGAGGUAGAGCUGCUCAAACAAGAGAAGGAACAGCUUUUUCGAACAGAGGAAACUGUCACCAAGGACCAGCAGCUCCAGUUCCUGCAGCAGACCAUGCAAGGCAUGCAGCAGCAAUUGCUGACCAUCCAGGAGGAGUUAAACAACAAGAAGUCAGAACUGGAACAAGCAAAGGAGGAACAGUCCCACACGCAGGCGUUACUCAAAGUCCUCCAGGAGCAGUUAAAAGGUACCAAGGAAUUGGUUGAGACCAAUGGCCACAGCCAUGAGGACACAAAUGAAAUCAAUGUGUUGACAGUUGCAUUGGUCAAUCAAGACCGAGAGAACAAUAUAGAAAAAAGAAGCCAAGGCUUAAAAUCAGAGAAAGAAGCUCUACUAAUCGGCAUCAUAUCAACGUUUCUUCACGUCCAUCCUUUUGGAGCCAAUAUAGAGUACCUUUGGUCAUACAUGCAGCAGCUGGACUCCAAGAUAUCUGCAAACGAAAUCGAAAUGCUUCUGAUGAGGCUGCCACGCAUGUUUAAACAGGAAUUCACAGGUGUGGGAGCAACACUGGAAAAAAGGUGGAAGCUGUGUGCCUUUGAAGGAAUUAAAACGACCUAACUGUGAAGAGCUGGCAAGUCUCUGGAAACGAAGGCGCCUGACGGGGCCAGGGCUGUGCAGCGUGAGCACUGGAGGCUGGGGAUGGUCCGGCCUGGGGCCCCUGUGGAGCCGUCGGGGCCCGACUUCAGUUACAUCUGUGGCGUUCUCCUGUGAGUGGAAAUGUGCUUGUGUACCAGUUCCUUAAAACAAAGCUUCAUACUGUGACAGAUCUGUUUCCUAUGAAAACCAACGAUUCCACAGUCAUAAUGAUGGCAAAAUCUUAAAAUAUGCUACAUUUGAGAAUAGCUCACCCAGCAAAAUAUUUAAAGUUAAUGACGGUGUAGCAAUGGUUGUCGCUAGGCUGCAGAGUUGUAUAUGUAAUGUAUAGCUGAAAUCAUUCAAUGACAUUUUCCUGAAAAUCUUUGUUUUAGUAAAAAAAUAAAAACAAAAAUAAAAAUAAGAAGUAAUUUUACAGUAAGGAAAAAUCAUACCAAAAGGAAACUUGAAUAUGUGUCUGAACAUUUAUUGUAUUUUGUAAAUUAAGUUAUAUGCUAUUCCAGGGACAUUUGCCUUAUUGAAGAGGCAGAAAAUGUGACUGGACUCCUUGGACUCCUUGAGAAUGCUUUAUCAAGAAUAUUAUUUUUCUAAUGUAACAAUUCUCCAUCAUAAGUUCUUUUAACAUGGACUGCGUAACGAUUUUCAUAAAAUGUAAAUAAAGGAAAGCUAGUGCUGCUGUCUUGUACUUGGUAUGUAAUAUUCAGGUUUAUGCAUCAAAAUAAACAUUCAGUAAAUAUUCCUGUUACAAAUUUUAUAGCAAAGAUAUUAAUUUUUUUCAAUAAAUAUGACUUCUGCCAUAAAGGUUUUGCAAGUUAUUCUUUGAUAUACCUUUCUUCACCAUUAUUCAGUUCCAUCUCAUAUCCUCACCAUAUUUAAAUGAUUG